CUUCCUGGAUAUUGUGUUACGAAAAACAAACUUUAACUUUAGUUAACAUAGAAAUCAGUAAACAGUUAAUACAUUACACGUCUUGAUUUUAAUUACAAGUGUUUUGAAUGUCAGAGAAAAAAGAGAUUAAUAUGAAUAAUAACACUAUUCUCAAUAAUAUAACUUUAUCAGAAUGGAACGAGGAAAUAACAAACAGCCUAUUGCCAAAUAUUAUCAUACUUUCCGUUUAUCUUGCACUUGGUACAUGUGGAAACGUGUUUGUGUUGUUGGUUUAUGCGUUUCAGAUGAAGAAGCCAUCAGAUGAAAGAUAUUUCAUACCAGUUUUAGCUUUUUUUGAUAUGGUAGCAACAAUAUAUCUUGGAGUUCAUUAUAUAUUUCAGUGUUUCAAUCAGACGACAUUUUCAAACAACAUUCUAUGCAAGACACUCGUGUAUUUUGUUGCAAGUACUACUUAUACGUCAGUUUUCAUAUUAUCUAUAAUUGCAAUUCAGAGAUACAUGAAAGUAUGUAUGCCUCUGAAACCAUCCAUGUCGAUUUCUAUUAAAAGAUGUGCAUUGUUUGUGGCAAUUAUCAUAUCAUUGCUUUUAUCUUUAACGUUACCAUUUGUAUAUGGUACCAUUCCAUACCACAGCAUUAAGUACGGAACCUUGGGAAUGAGGUGUGGAAGAUUGAAAGAAGGAAACGCUUUUACCAGUACUUUAUAUUCCGUUGGUACCGGUACGCUGGUCUUUGUCGUGGUAACAUUACUUAUUAUCCUCUAUGGCAGAAUUCUAAAAAAGGUGUUUCGUAGCUUAAAAAUACACAAAAACGACAUAAAUGGUGAUAAAAAAGAAAUCGAAAAAGUUGAUGAGGACGACAAUUGUCGUGAUAUUGGUUGUAAUGAUAUUGAGAUGUCAGAAACUAAGCCAGACUCAGUAGAACAGCAGGGCAUUAUAAUUCGUCCUGUAGCAAAUAAUUUGGAAUCAGCUGUAUCCAGAAAACGGAGAAUAAUCAAUCGUCGAAUAACCAACAAACUCACGUUUAUGUUUUUUAUUAUCACUACCGUAUUUAUUCUUAGUUAUAUACCAAAGGUGAUAGUCCUGUGUCUUGAUGGAAUCUACAAAGAUUUUUGGGAAAAUCUCUCCACCUCGCAAAGACCUGCUGUGACAUUCCUAUACCAUAUCUUCAUUAUCAAUAAUAUAGUAAACCCUAUAAUUUACGCUUUUAUGGACAUGGAGUUUCGCGAUAAUGCAGCAAUAUUAUUGAAACGCAUGUUCAUUAAUCCUUGUUUUUGCAUUGGAAGAAUUCGUGUGUAAUAUCAAAUGUGUUUAUGAAAAAAGUUUGUUAUGGAUUGAUUUUUUUUAAAUCUAACCGUCCGCAACGAAUUGUGGGCAACAUGGAAUAUACCAAGUGGACUGAAGAAAAUGUAUUUUUAAUUCAUGUACCCGAAUUGAUAGUUCGUUUGAACCAUUACGUUGCUUGAUUCAAAGCAAGUAUCAUAGAUUUCGAAAUCAUAUAUAAAACGUCUGAUCGUUUCAUUUUUGCACAAUAAAGCUGCAGUUGUGAACUAUGA